AGUUGUACAUGAAAAAAAAUAGUAAAAUUGAUUUUAAAUUAGUUAAAUGAUUAAAACGAUAAAUUAAAAUGCAUCGCAAAAUUACAGCAUGUAGUAAUACAGCAAGACUUAAUGCCGAGAUUCGUGAUGCUAUGGAGCACCAGGAUUCGAUGGUGCAUCUUCAAGUGGAUGAAGACAAUAUUUAUCAUUGGACGGCAUACAUAAAGGGCCCGGAUUUUACACCUUACGAGAAGGGAACUUUUAUUUUGAAAAUUACAUGUGAUUCGUCCUUCCCUAUUACUCCUCCAUCUGUUACUUUCAAAACACCAGUGUUUCAUCCAAAUAUCAAUUCUCAAACAGGAGAAGUUUGUAUGGACGUAUUAAAGGAGGCAUGGUCACCUAUUUGGACAUUGUCUUGCUUAUGCCGAGCAAUUAUAUCCCUCUUAGAGGAUCCUAACCCGCACAGCCCAUUGUGUUGUGAUGCAGUGUUUUAAAUGUUAACGGUUUGGUAGGAAACUUAAUCCGUACAGGCGACUUGAGAGGAUUUCAAUCUCUUGCCCGUAUGUAUACAAUAGAUUAUGCUACAGCAGUGUUUCCGUGUCUAAACGAAAAAA